AUGGAAGGUGCUCGUGAGAAAAGACCGCCUUUAGAACUGCGCAGGUGGGAACAGACUAGGUUGGUAUUGGAGGGAGUGUUCAGUGUACCUCGACUCACGGGUACGUUUCCCUUCAGUACAGGUUACGAAGUUCUUUUCUGGCCGUCAGUCCUUGUCCACAUCGUCGUCAUCAUCCUUAGUCUGUUGUGUAUAAGUUUGAUCCCGUACAUAGAUCCAGAUUAUUGCCAUAGAGGAGGAUUGCUCUAUAUAUUUGUAGUAAGAAUCGUGAAAUGCACCACUGCAUCGAUAUACAACAUAUUGUCUCCAUUGUGGAUGAUUUAUAAUCAUAAAUGCUUGAAAAAACUUCUAAGGAAUGUCACCUCAGUAGAAAAGGAGAUGGGCAACGGAUCGCUGAAAUUGAACUGCAAGCACAAGCACCUUCCUUUCUUAUUUUUCCCCGUAAUAGGUUCAGUCAUCGUGCUCAUGCAGUUCGUCUUUCUGUACCUCAAGUGCGGCUUCUUGUGCGCCUUUUCACUCGCUAUCGUAGUUCUUGUCCCAUUUCCUGCCCUGUCCUACGUGUGGCAGUACCUCGCUCUCCACGAUGUCCUCAGGUCUCUCAUGGUCAGAAUCAGCAAACUGGACGAAGCCGAUUCCUUCGUCAACUCCUACCACUCCUUAGUUAUGGCUUACCGUGCCGUUGAUAAACUUUACGGAUUGCAGGCUAAAGCGGUGAAUGAACAGCUCUACAAGAGAAUGGUCUAUGAAGACAACAAUAAUCUCAUUCACGAUGAACUAUUGGCAUUCCACCUUAGUUCCUGCAGAAAACUGGUAUUUACUGCUUGUGGAUUUUUCAAUCUCGACAAUUCUUUGAUUUGUUCAAUGAUCGCUUGUGCAACAACUUACUUAGUGAUAAUGCUUCAAUUCACCCUCCCUACUACAGUUCAUACCAAUCUCAACCAGUCAUUUGCACAUUUCUAAUUAUAUUGUUUAUUAUUAUAAUAUGUUUAUAUUGGGCUGGCAAAUAAGUCCUUCCGAUUUUUCAGAGUUAAAUAAAACUCAAUGUACUAUAGACAUAAAAUUCAUUUUAAUCUACAAUAUAUUGAUCAGUAUUUCCCAUCUUUCCAUUAACUACAUAAUGCC